GACCGACGGACGUCCAAACAGCCGGUUGCAAAAGUGCAGUCUCGGUCAACCAACUUGGCCAUUAACAGCAGCCCGAGAAUUUUAAGUCCUACUCGGCAGAAUGCUCUCCAAGACAGUAAAUUGUUCUCAUAAAAAUGUGACUCACAAUAUCGCAUUGUAAUAUUCAAUUAAAACACUCGUAGAAAGACUGACUUAUUACGGAAGCAGAUUACAAAAGGACGUAUCAUUCGAUUGAUAUUGAUAUACAAUUAAAAUGGACAACCUGCUGAAAGAGCUAGAGGCUCUAAAAAUUAGGGGUGAUUUCUUCGAGGAUAAUUCCUCGUGGACACCAUGCGUGGAUUUGAUUCAGAGGAGUUUUGUACCGCAAAGAACAAUCGGGACAGAGCGUCCAUGUGAGGAGAAAGACUUCAGAGAGUAUAGGCUUGUUGUAGAAAGAAACUUGCGUAAUGUCAGGUCUAUGCUGCAACAUAUUUCUAGCAGUUCCAGGGAGAAGCACUUCCAGCUGAGCAAUGCCACUGGGAUAGUUAGAGCAUUUGGUAUGAAUCUACUGUUGCUCAUUGGAGAACAUAACAAAAAGAAUAUUUGGAACACAGUCGAGUGUGUUUCUAUUUCCAAAGAAUUACUCACUACUUUCUGUGACCUGUACGCCUGCCAAAGCAUCUCACAAUUUUUGUCAGAGAAUGAGAAUUUGCGCAACUUGUUGCUAAUGUUAAGACCUAAAUUAUUAAAAGAUACCUGGAAGACUUACCCAUCAGCUGUAGCAUGUUACAGAUGGUUUUUACAAGAGCCAGAA